UCGUCCAAAAUUAAAAAUCCGUUUUGAUCGGGAUUAAGAAAAGUGUUAAAGAGUUAAAAGUGUAAGGAUGUAAAAGAAAGAUUUAUGUUGAGAUGAACUAAAAAGAAACGCAAGUUAUUUAUUUUGGGACAAAGGGAGUAAUUUAGAGGCCCUGUAUAGGCGUAAGAUAUUCACAUUUUUUGUCCCAAAUGAACCCUGCCAAAUUGAGCAUGUGCAUUGUCUGAGGCUGCCCAAGAACUACAUGCCCGAGUCUGUUAUGUAGCGGUUUUUAGAACAUUUAGUCGGUCCGCGAAACCCCAGACCCUACUUGUGUGGGUCCCACCUGGGUUGUUGUUGUUGUCGUAAGUCAGUCCGCUAAUGUUGGGUGUUACUCAAAUGAAGGUACGUGGUGCGCAUCCCGGAGAAUCUGGCAAUGGACAGAGCGGCCCCACUGCUAUGCGCCGGGAUAACAGUGUUCUGUCCCAUGAAGGACAACAACCUGUUGGACACAAAGGGGAAGAGAAUUGGGAUAAUAGGGCUUGGUGGGCUUGGCCAUGUGGCUAUCAAGUUUGGGAAAGCUCUUGGUCACCAUGUCACUGUCAUCAGCACCUCUCCCUCCAAAGAAAAGGAAGCUAAAGACCACUUGGGUGCAGAUGACUUCAUUCUUAGCACCAAUCCUAAACAGAUGCAGUCAAGCAAAAGGACUUUGGACUUCAUUUUGGAUACAGUGGCAGCAAACCACUCAUUGGGAGCUUACCUAGAGCUGCUUAAAGUGAAUGGAACACUUGUGGUGGUGGGUGCACCAGAAAAGCCAAUGGAUUUGCCUUCUUUCCCAUUGAUUUUUGGGAAGAGAACAAUAAAGGGUAGCAUGACUGGGAGUAUGAAGGAGACACAAGAGAUGAUUGACUUCUGCGGGGAGCAUAACAUACUGUGCGAUAUAGAAAUGGUGAGAACAGAUGAAAUAAAUGAAGCCUUGGAGAGGCUUGCAAAGAAUGAUGUCAAGUACCGCUUUGUCAUCGACAUUGCAGGGAAAUCACCAAAGCUCUAGGCAUUUUAUCAUUCUUUCAAAAUGCCCUUUUUCUUCCUUUUCUUGAAGUCCAGUGUAUCUGAAAACAUCAAUUCUAAUUAUUGUUUUACCUAUUUGAGAAAACUUUCACCAUACAAUAAACAUCUUCUGCAUCUUACUUUCUAUGAAUUAAUUGAAGUUCUAUGUACCAAGUGGUUUUUGGGGGAGUGGUUUAUCCAUAUAUAAAUAUAUCUUAGACUUGCUA